AUGGCGGCCCUGGUCGCUUUGGCGCUUGGUGGAGAGAGCAAUAUGUGGAGUUGGUUGAACAGAGUACCAUCGCGGUGGGCGUUAAGUUGUAUAGUAGCGGAGGUGAGGUGGGCCUUCGGGCCUACCUUGUUCCCGCCACUGGCUUCCUUCCCUACGGAGGAGCCCCUCGAUCUUCUACUACAACUUCCACCUAGUUGUUUGCCUUCAGUUGUCAUUCCUACUCGAAUACAAUCACGUCAGAUCUCUCAAUACACAACGUUCACGGGUAAUGUGACGGUAGGAAGAACCAUAACGGCUCAUGUCAGGCUAGUGCCGAUCACUGCCAACCUUAUUUCUCCGUUGCAUCGCUGA